AUGGUAUUGGUAUCGACCGGACUUGUUAAGGCUUUGCCACAGGCGACCGCGAGCCGCCCAACUCCUAUUGUCUCUGGCGCCACGUCCGCAGCCACGACAAGAGCUUCUGAAGGACAGAAGAUCUUCAGCCCUAUAGCUGCAUUCCUCGACAAACACCGCAGCCAAACCACCGGCCUGGCCCCUCACCUACUGAGAGCCCUCACCGCUCUAAGCGAUGACCUCGCCUCAGUAGCCCAACGACAUUUUAGCGCCUAUAUCAGCGGUCUUGAACAGUCGACUUAUGCGACUAUUACCCAAUAUGCCCUGGUCAAAUCAACUCCUAUUACUCACUCCAAAGCCCAUGUUAAAAAGUCUAUGCCUCUGGUGAAACAACCCCUUCCUGAUAACCGGCUCUUCGUACACCUCCCAGCUAACCAUGCAGCUAGAAAAAUGGAAGUCUAUGCUAUCUACUUUAGCCUAUGGUCUCAACUAAACUCAAACAGUUCAGCACUAAAAGAGGUUCAAGCUAUAAAGACUGGCUUUGCACUAUGUCCCUCAUCUCUAGAAGCCUUUCUAACCCUUGAGGCCCAAAAAGAGAUUAUCUCUGCAUUCUUUGUGAACUGCCAGAUAGAACGCAGCUCCUGA